GGUCAGGGCUGGGGCUCAGUCAGUGCGCUCGCGUGCGGUGUGUCGGUUGUGUGCUGCUGCUGCAUCUUCCAAUCCUUCGCUGCCGCUCCCGCGCGCGCGCUGCACUCUCCUCCUUUUCCUAUCUUUCUCCCUCUCUCUCUCGCUCUCUCUCUAUCUUUCUCUUUCGUUCUUUCUUCCUCUCUGCCGAAGGAAGUCGCGCGUUUCGCCGAGAACGGCCGAGUUCCCGGGCGCCGCUGGAGUCCGGCGGAGCGCAGCGCAGCGCAGCGAGCGCGUUUGCGGCGGAUUACGUCGUUGACGCCGGGCUGUGAUGUACGGCUAGUAGCGCGACGGACGCGAUGCUGACGGUACGCGUGCUUACAUAAUUGCCCGUCGUCGGUUCGCAUUAGCGGCGCGUGACGCUACGCGAAAGAGAGGGAGAGAGAGAGAGAGAGAGAAAAGGAGAGCGAGCGAACGAGUACGUCCCCACGGCAACGGCGGUGGUUGUUCGUACGCUCGCGCUACUCGUCGAUUUUACUCCGUUCCGUGAUUACUCGGGUCUGGCAUCAAUACGUAUAUUGCACAUUUAUUUUCUAUUUAUUUUGAGAUUGCUUAGAGAGAAAGCGAGAAAGGGAGAGAGAGAGAAAAAUGAGAGCAUUCGAGGGCGCAGGCUGGCCUACGAGCAUGGCAGCGUUGCUGUACGGGAAAGACAUAGUAAUGAAUUUGUUUAUAUUUUUUGUAUUUGCCGAUGACCCUCCCGUCGAUGGUUGUUUCGCUGGAUGGUACCAGUUGGAGUAUACAACAGCAACCACAACAACUGCUGGUGGUGGACGCGGUCGCACCCCAGCAACAGCGCGAUCAAAUCGUUGCAUCGAAUCAGGUGUCAUCACCGUCAUCGUCGAGAGGUGAUCUACAACAGCAACAGUGUUGCAAAAUGACUGACCAACGAGAGCAGCAGCAGCAGCAGCAGCAGCAGCAGCAGCAGCAGCAGCAACAGCAAUCCAUUCAGCAGCAGCAGCAACAGCAGAUCAAAGGCAAUGAAGAACCAAGAACGAAUCUGAUCAUCAAUUAUCUUCCGCAGAAUAUGAAUGAGAAGGAACUGUACAGUUUGUUUGUCACGAUUGGUCCGGUUGAGUCCUGUCGAGUUAUGAAGGAUUACAAGACUGGUUACAGCUACGGCUUUGGUUUUGUGAAUUAUGCUAAAGCUGAGGACGCAGCUACGGCGAUAAGCACAUUGAACGGUCUUCAGGUGCAAAAUAAACGUCUAAAAGUUUCGUUUGCUCGGCCUUCUGGAGAAGAAAUUAAAGAAACAAAUCUUUAUGUUACGAAUUUACCAAGAAAUAUAACGGAAAGCCAGAUUGAUGAACUUUUUAGUAAAUAUGGCAAUAUUGUACAGAAAAAUAUUUUGAGGGAUAAACUCACCGGUUUGCCGAGAGGAGUAGCAUUUGUUAGAUUCGAUAAAAGGGAAGAAGCUCAGGAAGCUAUUGCACGAUUGCAUGGUACGAUACCGGAGGGUGGAUCAGAGCCACUUAGCGUAAAAAUUGCCGAAGAACACGGGAAACAAAAGGCAGCGUAUUACGCGGGCUGGCAAGCUGGAUACAAUCAAAGCCGCGGGACGAGCGGACUCGGGGUUGGUGGAGGCGGCAGCGGACGGGCCAGGGGUGUUGGGGGCCCGCCUGGGAUGGGGAUGGGCAUCGGCAGUGGUCCGGGGAUGUUGGGCCGAGCGGGUGGUUUCGGACCGCGGGGUGGCGGGCCUCACAGUGGCGGCUUCCUAGGCGGGAGCGGCGGUGGCGGCGGCGGUCCGGGUGCCAUGCGGAUGGAGAAGAUACACCCGCAUCGCUUCAAUCCGAUCGGCAUGGGGGGCGGCGGCGGCGGUGGCGGCGGAUACGUGCAGUCACACUUUUGGUGACCAUCGCGACAUAACGACGACGACGACGACAAUGACGAUGACGAUAACGACGACGGCGACGGCGACGGCGACGGCGACGGCGACGGCGACGGCGACAUGAUUACAUCCGCUACGACUUUGGUCAUUGGCUGAAGGUUACAUCCGCUACGACUUUGGUCAUUGGCCUGUUUCUCGAGAUUUGUUUAAAAUAAAACUCGCGGAAUUAGCAUAGCCGAGAGCUCAUAGCAUAGCCGAGAGCUGGAGGUAGAUCGGAUAAAAUCGGGCUAGAUUAGUUAAACCGGAUUGCUAUUUACAGGCACGCACGAGAAGAUGGCUCAAGAUCCAAUGUCAGUGUCAAUGAGAGUUUUAUUAACAUUGAAAAAAAUGACAAGUGUUAGGCUUACAUUUAAAAGACUAUUUUAUCAUUUGUUGAUGCAUGUUACAGCGGAGAACGCUGUUUGCUAUUUUAAGGAUUAUGCUGGAGAAUGAGCAUAUUUUAUCAUUAAUAACAAUUUUAUUGAUAUUGAUAUUACGAUCGAGCUGCUUCUUCAAGAUAUAUCAUCUUGCGAUAGCUAAACUGAAUAGUUAAAACUUCAUUAGACUUGAAAUGCUGUGCAUUCUUCUAUUCAUUUUAUCCAUUGCAUACGUUGCGAAUAUUGCUAUUCAAUUUCGAUUAUCUGCCCGAUUUUAUUCCAAUUGUUUUCUACCUUGUGCGAUCAUGAAGCUCGUAAGAUAAAUUUAUAUCUUGUUGUCUAACAAUAAAAACAAUUGUAGCUUUAUUUUUAUAACUACACGUUUGUAUUUAUAAUAUAGUGUAUAUUUAUUGCGAAUUACACAUAUUGACAUUGUUCACAAAUAAAAUUGAAUGAAAUGCGAUAAGCACCAGUAGGAAUCAAUCAAUUUUAAUUUAGAAUAUAAAACUCGAUCAGUUUUUGUAAUAUCCUAGUUUAUUAAAUUAUUUGUUGCUCUAGCUUCACGAUCGCUCAAACAUUCGUUCCAAUUCGUCGGUGUUCGGCUUAUAUUAUUAUGCAAUACGAUAUAAAGUUUAACAAUAAUUUCCCCAAGUCACAUCACAGGGGCCGCAUUGUGCAAAAGAAAAAAAAAGAUAAGAAUUCUAUGUGUUAUAAAUUUUCUUUUUUAAUGAAUCUAUUCUAAUUCUUGAAACUUUACGGAACAUUUAAUCGUAAGAUAGAGUUUUAUUAUAGGUUGAAUUUGGGGGGAGGAAAGUCUUGCAUAGGAGACGUUUAAAGACGUAUCCUAUUCGAUGCGACGUUGGAUAUCAAUGAUAUCCUGUAACGAAAAUUUGUACAUUUGUGAAAUAUAUUUUUUUUUCUUUCUUUUUUUUCUUUUUUUUUUUCUUUUAUCAGAUAGGACGCUUGUCGUGAUAAAAGAUUCUUUCGUAGAAAAUCCAAUACCUGCGAACGAAUCAUAUAUAUUCAAUUUUAUACACAGGGUGUCUCAAAACUGAUAAAUAAUUUAACGAUAGAUACAUUGUAAGAUUUUAAAAUGCCGUAGAAUUUUUGUCUUAAAAUCUUACAAGGUAUCUAUCAUUAAAAUAUUUACCGUUAGUUUUGGGACACUCCGUAUAUAAAAGUUUGUCAUGUUAAAGAAGAUAUACACGCAUCAAAAUUAAGAUAUAAAAAUAUUAUUUUAAUAAUAAUGAGAUUUAGUACAUUAAAUGACAUAAAAAAUGUAUAACAUUUAUUUUUAAAGUUUCAUUCUUAUUCCAUGAUUAAAAGAUUAUUUUUUUUUUUUAUAUUCUUAGAUUUAUAUUUCUAUUAAUAGUCGCUUACAUAUAGGUAUUGGAUCUUCCGAAAAGACAUAUUUACAGUUACGAUCUAUGAUCGAAUUCCAAAUCGUUCUAGUUCGUCACGAGGCCGAGAAUACGCGAUCCGAAUGUGUGCCGUUUAAUUAGUUAAUUUAGAUUAAGAGAAUUUUAAGCACGUGCCGCGCGGAAGAACAGGGUGAAUGUAAUUUAUUUUAAUAUUUGAGAGCAGUAUUAGGACGAGAUCGCGUAUUCUUCCACAGUCCUGCUGACACUUUCGGCACACAUCGCACGGUGUAUUUAAUUUCAUCUGACGCUUCGGUGGCGUUUUACGAGAUUCGUAAAUGUGUUGUUGCUGAAGAAAGAGAGAAAGAGAGUGUGAGUGAGAAAAAUAUCUUAAUACAUAAAAAAAUAUUUAUGUAAAGCCGUAAACUACUUGGAAUAAAUACUAUACUAGCAACUAUAUAUUUAGCUUUUGUUAAUUGAUCGUUAAGCAAAUAUCUCAAGUUUCUAUUAAUUAAUAUAAUUUCUAUUAAUAUUUUUUAUAUAUACGCGAAAGAUAUGCUCCCGUAGAGAGUCGAUAUCAAAAUUUUUUAUGUCGCGUGUACUUAAGAUCUUUUGAUUAUCAUAGGAAACUUAGCGUCGGUGAAUCUCGAUUUUAAACAAUUGAUCACCACCCAUUAUCCUCGCCGCCAGUGGUGUAUAAUAUAAGAUGUGUAGAGAGAUUAAGACACUAUCGCGACCUUAUAGACGAUGAGACUGACUUUUUAUAGGCGACAGAUUUUAAGCAAGAAAUGUCAGAGUCGCGUGUCAUAUUUUUAAAUAAAAAAGAAAAAAGGGAAGAAUAACGAGCUGUAUUUGUUCCAAACCUGCACGACAGGUUUCAAGAAUACAGCGCGCCAAUUGUCUAUUAAAAAAAAAAUCUGUGAUUUGUACAAAGGAGAAUAAAUGGGAGAUAUAGUCGGUCAUCUUAGAGAGAUGAAAAAAAAAA